UAUCCGCACCCAUUAAACGGCACUCAUCCUCAGAGGAAAUACUGCUGGGAGGAGGGACUCCUUCAGUACCCUUAUCACUAGCACUGGAGGCACAGCUUGGCUUGUCUGUACAGGAAACCAAACUCAGCGCAUGACUUUACAAGGAUGUGUCACCGUUGGAGGUGUAGCAAUAAAGUAACCAUCUGGCUGUCAGGUUAGUGAUGUCAUCGAGCGCUCUUCCUCUGCAGAGGAGUCAGAGCAGCUGAGCGUCUGAGGAGGAGGUUUCAUCUCUCUGCUGCUGCGACAUCAAGCAGAAGCUGGAAGGACUCUGUGCAGCCGAGGAGACGGCAAGUUUAGCAGCUGCUUUGACUGAAAGGACUUUGACUGCUGCAAACCCACAAAUGGAGUCACCCAACUACACCAACAGCACCAAUAAGACCGACUGUCCUUCCAUCGAUGACUUUCGAAAUAUGGUUUACUCCACCUUCUACUCGGUGGUUACAGUUUUUGGCCUGGUUGGGAAUGGCUUGGCCCUGCUGGUUUUGUUCAGAACGCAGCGGCAGACCACGCCGUUCCACGUGUACAUGGUGAACCUGGCUCUGUCCGACCUGCUGUGCGUCAUGACGCUGCCCCUGCGGGUCAGCUACUACGCCAGGAGGGGUCGAUGGGAAGAGGGGGACUUCCUCUGCCGCAUCAGCUCCUACUUCCUCUACGUCAACCUGUACUGCAGCAUCUACUUCAUGACCGCCAUGUCCGUCACACGGUUCCUAGCCAUCGUGUACCCAGUGCAGAACCUGCAGCUGGUGACGGUGAACAAAUCCCGCAUCGUAUGUGUGUGCAUUUGGAUUUUUUGCAGCCUUUCGAUGUCCUCUUUCCUGAUGUCAGGUCAGCACGUUGACAACUCAACGAACAUAAUCAAAUGCUUUGAGCCUCCAGGACAGGAUAGCAAACAGUUGACGAAGCUGCUGCUGCUUAACUACAUUGGCCUGGUGUUUGGGUUUCUCCUGCCCUUCUUGAUCAUUGGGAUCUGCUACGUCGGAAUAGUCCGCACGCUGCUCUCCCGCACCCAAACUGCUCGUCGGCAGCAGGCCUCGGGUGUCAGGGCCAUUCGAAUGAUCGUCAUCGUCCUGCUGACCUUCCUCUUCAGCUUCACCCCGUACCACAUCCAGCGUACCGUGCACCUGCACUCCCUGUCCCGGGAAAACUCAAGCUGCUCGGAGCAAAUCGCCAUCCAAAAGUCCGUCGUGGUCACCCUGUGUCUGGCUGCCGCCAAUUCCUGCUUCGACCCGCUGCUGUACUUCUUUUCUGGAGAAGGUUUCCGAAGCCGCCUGUCCUCUCUGCGGCAGACGACGAGGAGCAACAGCCUGCAUCGUACGGCCAGACUGAGGCCCAUGAUCUCAGAGUCCGGGGAGGACCGCCAAGUGGAUGUCAGUUAGAGCGCACGGGAAGAAACUGGAUUAUCAGACAAGCAGACCGGGAUGCGACUGGAGGCUGCAGAAGAAGGAAGGAAGCUGUGACUGAGGGUCAGUCGAAGCAAAAAACAGGAGACAAGAAGCUAUGAAUGAAUCAAUGUUUGUUGCUGAUUUACUCAGUAUUCAUUUUAAUGAAGAUAUUACUUAUUUACAUGGAUAUUUAUUAUGAAAAAGCUGCACACUGGCUUGAUGAUAAACGAAGUUUGUCCUGCAAUACGAUAGGAAGAUAUGUAGAAUCGUAACGUGACCCAGAAUGUAACACAUGUGGAUUAUUAUUAUUGAUGUAGGAUUGUGAAAUUUCCCUUAAUGCUGAAAAGACUUGUUGUGUUUCAGGUACCUAGAAAUAUUGUCGUACUACCUGCAUAAAGACUGUUAAACUAUGAACUGCUGUAAAAUAAAAAUGUCAUGUAAAUGGGCAGGUCCCUGCAAAUGCAGUAUGUGACCUCCACAGUCGUUUAAAUGGCUCUAGCGGCAAUUUGGUAGAAUUUUACCCUAAAAUUCUUUACAACUUAUGGAUAAAAAGGGAGUUAAAUGUUAGCUGACCAUAUUCCAGCCAUUCUAAUUAAGUACAUUUAAUUCAAUGGUUUUGAGUACAAUUUCCUUUUACAUUUUUUAAGCUAUUUCCUUUUUCUAACAUAUAACUUAUUUAAAAAAGUUUUGGUUAAUCCCACCGAUUGAGCUUUGUGGCUCACCUGUCGUGCUAAAUACAUGAAAAGAAAUAGCCGUUCACUGCUCUAGAUUUUUGCUGUGGUGUAGUGGUUAGCACUCCCACCUCACAGCAAGACGGCCUUGGUUCAAAUCCAAGCUGGGACCUUUUCUAUGUGGAGUUUGCAUGCUCUGCUUGUGCAUGUGUGGGUUUUCUCCGGGUGCUCUAGUUUCCUCCUCUCACGUGUCUUGGGUUACCUCAAAAUUGUCCCUUAGAUACAAAUGAGUGUGUGUGUGUGCAUGUGGCCUUGCAAUGGACUGGUUAGUAACUGAGCAUCUUUGUGAUUUCAAAGAACUCCAUUAGAGGUUUGACUUCAAACUCGUCACUUUCACCAAACACAUGUGAGCGUGUGACCUCAUUCAUUUUAUUGGUCUUUUUUGUGUUGCAUUCAUCCAAGUAAAUCCUUCUUAUUAAGAUUUUAAAACAUUUUGUUUUAACAGUCUUUAUAACUAUUAACUUUUCUGGGGUGCUAAUUGUAAUGUUUGAUGUGUUAAGCAUCACCAGCCUAGUUGAAAUCAUUCUGCUUCUGUUUUAGAAUGAAAUUGUUGACAGGUGCUGGAAAAAAACAAAACGACACAUGUCCAUCUGUACUUUCAUAUGCUUACCUUUUCAUUCCCCGAUAUUAUGAUGGCUUCUCUGCAGGUUGAUGUAAAUUGUCAAAAGUGCAGCUUUGGAAAUGACUCGACUGUUUCUGUAGAUGUUCUUAAACCUGCAUGCUUGUCUUGGUGUCGUUGUUUUUCAUGAUUAAAGAGGUGAUUAAAAACCUGUUCGAAACUGCACGCUACGUUUGUGACAAAAAAGGAAUGAUCAUAAUAAACGCCGACAGACAA